AUCCAGUAACUAGCUCCACCAGUUAUAUUUACGGAGAGAAAUGUUUAUCUUAUAGACAAUCGGACUCUCUCUAAAUGCCGAGUGUGUACCUCACGGAUAUGAUAAUGCGGGAUAUACGGUGUAUAAUCAAAGAUAUACACCGUCGAAAGGGAGCGUAGUGGGAAUUUGAAUAGCUACGAGGUAUUUCUACGAGGUGCUAUACUCGGUGACUUACACACUCGCUUAAGUAUUCCAUUGUGCAGCGGAGUUCUGCACGCGAUGCCCCGCAUAGAGCAGCGGGCGCUUCCAAAAAUACACGUUUCGUUUCGGCGUUUCGCGCACGUCGAUAUGCAAACGCAUCAGUAAUUCAUGGGCCGUGGCUCGUUUCGAGAGUUUGCAGCAAUAAAGAGAAGGAAACUAGAGAAUUUAUUAGAAAUUUCCGGUUUGUAAUAGGCGAAAUUCCUCGGAGUGCUCUUCAAUGCUGUCGAAUAAUGAAACAUUCUUCGGAGAGAUCGAUAUGCACGUACUUAUCACUUUUUUCUCUCCUACCUUAUUUCUUCUUUCCCGAUGUAUGUGAUUGCUUAUUUUAUCGCUCUGCCUUUCUUUCCUCCGCGAGUCGAGUUUUAAUUGUUUAAGCAUUUUUUUUUCCAGCGAUUAUAUGUCGCUCAAAAAAGUGAUAAAAGAAUGAAUUUUUCGGCAAAAAAAAUAGAUUAUUGCGAUCUUUUCUCUCGUUUUCUAUCUGUUACUCUGUAAACAAGGAUGAUGAAAAAGUAUUGAGUGAAAAUGGAGUGUUCGGCAAGCAAGGCGUGAACCAUAAAGUGAUUUCCAAGUGACAAGUAUUGAGUGCGAUCAAACGGCGAGAUUCUGCUUUCAGCUCCGGUUCUACUUCCUUCAGUUUGGCUCGCUCCGAGAGUAUUGAUAUUUCGCUGCAAGCGCUCAAAGACUCGAAGUUAACUGGCGUAGAAAGUAUGAGAAACACGUACCUGUCCCCGACAAAGGAUGCGUGCAGGAGCUGAUUUUCGGACUCGUUCAAGUCGCACGUCGAGUAUAAGCGGAAGGAAGAUAAUCAACGGAGACUGACAAACACGCGAAGAAUGGAAGCAUGAUUCUGGUAACGCGGGUCCGGCGAAUUCGACGAAGAGCCAGAAGAAGAGCGUCCUGAGACCGAGGAGAAACUGGGUGGCAUGACGAGAGAUUGCGGGGAUACGGAUACCCGCGAGGACGGCGGGGUCGGCGAGGCUCGAAUCUGUUGACUCAACCGUCUCCAGCAGGGCAAGAUCCCGGCAUGCGUCCGGUCGAGCCAAACGCGACGUACUUCCGUUUAAGUUUACGCAUUAUACGAGAGAUUCCGUUUUCGACGAAGAAAAUUAUUGCGAAAGCGCUAACUAUGUCAUCCGCGGAGCAUAAGUGUCCCCGGCGAGACACGACUCGAGAGAAAACACGUACCUUUCGCUGAUGUCGUCGCAGGAGGUGAUUUCAAGUCAGCAUCCAUCCCCGAUAUCUUUUGUGGCAUGUAUGUGACCCCAACGACGUGGAAAGAGAUUUCCGGCAGCAGAGCCUCGAAAAGACCCGGUACCGAGGGUGGUACAAGCCUGUGCCCCUGGUACGGUACCGUUUCCUGAAGGACGAGGCCGGGUGGUCGCGUGUGCGCGAGUGUGUGUGUUCAUCCGAAAGAGAAGAAAAAAGAAAAAAAAAACACGGGGAAACUCAAAGGUAUCUUUCGUGCGGUGAUACCCGCGACUGAGUACCUCUUCGAAUCGCUCGAGUUGUCCACCUUUCGUGCCAGGUGCUUGCGUGCAAGACCAUCUGUGCGAAUCGGUAUCAGAAGAUACCGUCGAACGAUGAGACAAUCUGGCGGAGCAUCCUGAGGAAUAGCAAAAGAUCAUACAAACGUCGGUUGUUGGACGAUGACGGACUGGCCGUCGUCGCGGUGGAGAUGACUACCAGGUUAGUGGCUCGUCCCGAAGACGACGACGACGACGACGAGGUCCACGAAGAGGAACGAGACUCGGUUGUGAGCUAUCACUGCCACUGAUAGAGCUGGCAUCCCGUCGCAGCUCACAUCGAUGCCGACCGUCAUAUCCACGAAACGAGGAAUGGGGAGUGUCGGCAGCAACGUGACAGGGACGACGACGACAGAUCCGACGACGUUCCUGCCAGAUGCAACGCCGACUCUGAGCGAGCGCGAACAGCUCAAAAUCGAAUUCUACAAAACGUACGACGUCAUGACGGGGGUACGGAUCGCCGCGACCCUCGGCGGCUUCUUCAGUUUAAUGGUGUUACUGGUAGUUUACAAAAGCAGGUGCAAAGCGAGUAAACAACUGGAGGACCCGGCAUUAACCGCGGCGGCGGAGGCGGCGGUCGCCGAAGCUGAAGCCGAGGAACGAGCGCUCGCCGCCGCUCUCGAGGCAAUCGCCAGGUUACCACCUAGGCCGGGUCGCGGUCCACGGAGGUCGUUAUGCGUCGAGAUAAACCAGCCUCAUUCACCCGUGGUGGCACCUCGCUUCGCUUCGGUCGGAGGUGGAUACGACGCCCUGCUGGCACCGCCAAUCAGGCAACCGAGGUUGGCUCCCCCCGUCGAUCACAGAAGAUGUAGCUCGGUCACCUGUAGCAGCACUGGAAGUAGUUAUCUGGAACGAAGAGGUUCAGCCAUGGUAAUGCCGUGCCUUCCGCCACCUCCAUCCUUCCCGCGUCACGCAGCCUAUGAUGAGCCAUGGGACUUAUAUUACCCCAUCGAUAUUCAGGUAAUACAGCCAACUCCAGAUUUAUCGCCGUGCGGUAGCGAGGUCGGUCUCUACGCCGGUGCGGUCGGCAACCUUAUGGCGGGGUCGUCGGGCAGACGGGCGCCGUUGGCGUCGAUGGGCAGCGUGGACCCGCCCGAUCCGGACUCCAGGUCGCUCGGCUCCGACUCCGUGUUCCUCAAGAACGAGGACGAGGAGCAGUGCAUCGAUACGGAGGACGAGGUCUCGGGCUUCUCCACAGACUCGGACGCGCCCGGGCCGAGCUGUCGGCGUUUCCUACGGGUGCCUUCUAAGAAAAAGCGAACCCUCGACAAGUGGGACGGAUGCGCGGGCUGCGUGCCCAGGCGACGGGCCGGUAGCAAACCCUGCCAAGAGUGCUUGACCAUCAGUGCCGCCGUCGAAACCUCCAGGGCGCAACCAGCCUCAACGACGACUAGUAGCAGCCAGAGUAGCGUGGGAUCUCCACCGUGUUCACCGCCGAUCGAGCUGAAGCAUAGACCACCACCACCAGCGCCAUUGUCAUCAAUCCCGCCAAUAUGGUCCCAAGAAACGCUCUUUUAGGAUGCGUUUUUCGUAGUGAGCAUGUCCUUCGACCUGUUUUUACCGAGACACGGAGCUAAAUCCAGAAUGUCGAUAUCCGAGGAAAUCAUUUGCCCAAAAACGUGAACCUCAGUCUUCAUCCAAUUCUUUAACCGCCCUAUCAUACCGCCAGUAAUCUCUCUCUCUUUGGUUCUUUUAUCGUUAUUAAAUAUAUUUUAAGCGUGAAAUCCACCGUAGAAGAUUAAAAUCGUUUAAUCAGCCAAUUUCAAUUAUAAUGUAGCGAUCGUCGAUAUUAAAUUAUUACAAAAAUUUCUGAUGCAGCAAAAUUAAAAACAAGCAUUAUACUAU